AUGUUCACACCCAUCCACACAGCCCUGGGGGCACUGCUGCUCUUCAGCGGCUCAUUUGGGCUGCUACUACACAACGGACGCGUCUUUGGCAUUUCGUCGAUUCUACGGACUUGUCUGUUGGAUCCUGGGUUGUUGUUUCGCGGUAGUUGCGACAGGAAGAAGCAAGAGAAUAAGCCGACAGAGGAGGUACGGGAAGACGAGAAUUUCCCUACAUUGGCGGGACUGAUUACGAGUCCGUUACUGGUUAAGCUGCUGGUUCCUUCGUUGCUUCCUGCGUAUUCUGGGGCAGGGUCUACGACGACGUGGGUUUCGGCGGCUGCGACGGUUGGGUUAGGGUUUUUGACGGGAUGGGGAACGAAGAAUGACCAAGGCUGCACAUCCGGCCACAUGCUCUGCGGUCUAUCUCGUCUCUCAGCACGCUCCCUGAUCGCUACCGCUGUCUUCUUCACUAGUGCUCUCGUCACGGCCAAUUUCUCCCCCUUUCUGACAGGUGUGGACGUCAUCCCUGCAUGCGACGAUGGCGCCAUUCCCUGCUAUUCCCCCGCGUAUCCCUCCGGACAUGAGUUGGCUGUCAUGACGACAAGCUGCGUUUCGGCAUUAUUUACUACUUUCGUCCUUGGGCCAAAAUUUCUGACGCGUUCGUACACGUCGAGGCGAGUUUUUGCCUAUCUUGCGGGUGUCCAGUUCGGGCUUGGAUUGCUGUUCUCUGGCAUGGCCGACCCCCAAAAAGUCAUUAGAUUUUUCGCCGUGUUUGGCGGAGAUGUCGACAAAUGGGAUCCAUCAUUGGCGCUGAUUAUUCUUUUCGGAAUCGGUCCCUCGCUUAUUGGGUUCUUGAUCUUUGAACCGGGAAAGAAAGAAAAAUCGCCCACGUUAGCGCAUAAAUGGUCUCUGCCAAAACUCACAGUUGCCGAUAUUAAAUGGCCGUUCGUUGUGGGAGCAAUGACUUUCGGUGUGGCUUGGGGUUCAAGUGGCGUAUGUCCUGGACCGGCUAUUCUGAGAUCUGUUCUUCAACCGAUUUGGGGCGUUCUUUGGAUGAGUGGAUACUACCUGGGUGGUGUUGUAGGAUAG